GAGACGUUUGGGGGACGGAGGGGGGCAGGUUUCGACGUCAGAGACAGCUCCCUACUAAACAUGGCGGAGGCUUCGGACGCACCACAACAACGUUUUUACUGCCACUGUUGUAAGAGAGAGACGGAGCCCAAACUGCCGGAUUUCAUCUGCCCCACAUGCGAAUCUGACUUCAUCGAGGAGGUAUCAGAAGACUCCAGCCUCCUGCGGGACAGCACGGCAUCAGUAACAAAUGAAGAGUCAAACCUGCUGUUCCCAGACAUAUGGCAGCUGCUGUUCAUGGAGCGCUCCGCCCUGCUGUCCAACCCGCCCUCCUCCGAGUCCCUUCCAGAGGACGACCAGCAGGUAUCCGCAGGUCAGAGCCCUUCACCGCCAGCGUCCCCGGUCGUUACAGAGUUGCAGGAACAGGAGUCGCCUCUUAACCCUGAACGGGACGAGUCUUCCAGCCCUGAGCAAAUUCCUGCUGUGUACGGGAUCAUGCAGCAGGUCUUGGCUGACCUGUUUACCAGCAAUGGAAACUUGUCUCCUCCUCCCACCGCACUGUCGGGCAUGCUGCAGUUGUACUCCAACCCGGGAGAUUACGCGUGGGGUCAGGGAGGCCUGGAUGCCGUCGUCACAGAGUUGUUAGGGCGGCUGGAGAACACAGGUCCACCCCCGGCGAAACAGGAGAAGAUCUCAUCGCUGCCAACAGUCUGCAUCUCUCAAGAACAGAGAGACUGCCGGCUGGAAUGUCCAGUUUGCAGGGAGGAAUAUUCACUGGGCGAAUCUGUCAGGAAGCUCCCCUGCCUCCAUUACUUCCACGGUGACUGUAUAGUACCUUGGUUGGAGCUGCACGACACCUGCCCGGUGUGCCGCAAAAGUCUCGAUGGCGUCGACAACAGCCUCCCGCCCACAUCGCGGCCCCUAGACGAGCGCUCUGACAGGCAAGAACAACAAGAGGGAGAGGAGAUUUGAGCAAAGAGCCACCAACGCUUCACGUCGGAUCAGCCGCUUUCAAAUAAAACCCAUUAUAUGCACCGCAGUCCCAACUGCAGCUUCAGCCCUCACGUCAUUCAUGCGUCUCGGUGAAGGACCUCCAGGUUUUGUACUCUGGGAUAAAUGCUAUUUUUUUUUUUUUUUGCCACCCCUCCCACAGAAGGAUCCAGCUGUCUGCUUGACAACAUCCCGAGCGGGUGUGCUCUUCUCACUGCGCCGCUCGCCGAGGCACUUUUCUGAAUGACUGGCUUUGAUGUGACGAACUAAUAACCACUGCGCAGCUAGUGGCUGUCAAAAAUGACGAGCUCUUACAGAGUUACGGGGAAAACACUUUUACAAUGUUGUCUUGGUGAGACAGUUUCAGCAUUCUGUUGACCUUUAACCAACUUAAAGCUGCCAUUAAAGCUUAACCCUGUGACCUCCA